CUGCUUUGCUGCCGCUCCGAGCGCAUACCAUUUGCGUGGCCCCCUUUGGCAGUCCCUCCACGCGUUUUAUUCUAGUCCGUUGGCUACGCAUUGCCACGUGUUGCUGCGUUUUUCCCCUUUUAACUUCUAGCCUUGCAAGCGCGCUGUUGUCCCCCCACGGGCAAUGUCCCUUCACCUCUUUUAACGCACACGGGACACACGCCUGCGGGAACAAAUGCAGAUCGCCCAAACGACUUACAGAAGAAGAGUUACACCAAUGGAACGGAGCCAUAGCUAAAAUAGGGAAAAAAAAAAAAGAACGCUUGUACCAAUUCAAAAUGAAGUUCUUUAUAUGUCAAGUGAAGAGCAGGUGUCCCUUCACACCCAAAGGAGUUCGCUAUGUGUCCUCAAAAAAGAUAUCCAACUACUACCCCCCCCAAGGGCCAAGCGUUAGAGACAUGGAUGAGGAGUACAAGAGGUUCCUUCAGCUGAAGAGAAGAGAAAAAGUUUUACCCGACAAUAAAAUUACAAGCAUUGAUAUUAAUACGUUUAAAAAGUAUAAGCACAAAAACAACCCCAUUUUUUCCACCGAAUUUAAGGUGUUCAUAACUGGUUUUUUAAUUUGCGGGUGGUGCGUUUUUGCCAUUUACCUCACGGUGAGGAUUAUGUCUCCUGACGAUUUCGAAUGGGUGGAAAGUGAGAGGAAGAGGCUGGAGGAUGCCAAAAGGAAAGUUAUGAUGAUAAAGGAACGGGGAAAGGAGGUGGACCCCGUGUGA